AUGGGUAAAGCCUCUCGCAGCGGACAAUCGUCACGACGGUCCAGAGUCACAGAGGCAGCAGCUCGUCUCCUCAGCCCCUCAGGCGGAAGCAGUCCUGCGCAGCAGCUCUACGAGAUUCCCUUUGACGCUGAGGCAUUUUCACAGGCCAAGGAAGCUCGAGCCAAGCUUCUAGACGCUGACAGCGACGACGAUGCCGAGGUUGAGAACACUGUCAUCAGCCCCAACAUCCCGACUGUUCACGCCCAUGUCAAGGGUCUGGACAAGGCUUGCCGUGGCGCUGAGUGGGAAAAGCCUCUUCAACGGUUCCUGACUAGACUUCAACUUGGUAGAAGCAACGUCAGCGUCAUCUAUGACUCAGCUCUUAAGAAAGUGGGGAUCGAACCUCCUGAGGAGACGGAUUCUUGGGUUGAGCAGAGUGAACCUGCCAAGUUCGCUGGACAUGUCUACAGAUUUGUAGGUCGUCAGUGCAGAUCUGCUUCCUCAGAUCGACAUCUGUACAUCCUCUACCACCCCGAUGCGGAGUGGCACGCCGAGUUCUAUGACCUGCUCCAGGACAAGCCUCUUCCCAGUAACUUCCUCGGCUUUUCCGAUAAUCUCGAUGCUCUUGUCGCUUAUAUUCGAUUCAUCCGAAAGCGUCUUGGCCGACGUGCCAGCUCGGCCAUGUUCCACAUUCUCAUCCCCAGCUCUCGACCCAUCGCCAUUCGAGACGCCAUCGACUUUCCCGACAUUGGCGACUUGGCUAUUCACGGCGAGACUCACAAUGGCAACAACUAUGUGUGGAUGAACUUGCCCAACCAGGAAGACUACCCAUCUACCCUUGUUCUCCGCCACGUUGAGAACGCUAUUCGUCGAGAUAGCCCUUGGAAGACAACAGCGACAGUCAGCACAUCCCUCAUCGGUCUGACAGCAUCACUAGCUGGAGCAGCCUUCAACCUUCGCGUCAAGGGCGCUCCCUUCCCCUCCAUCAAGACCUUCGGUGUUGCUGCUGUUGCAACUACCAUUGCCAGAAGAGUACGAGGUGCAGAGUACUUCCCUCUCGCCAUCCUCGGCGCCGGAACCUUCGCCACCACAAUAGCAGCAUUCGGCCUAAACCGCAUCCUCAGCAACCGCAACCCCCGCGUCAUCGGCGGUCUCGACACCCCCAAGGAACCCAGGGAACAAGAGAAGGAGAAGGAGGAGUCAACCAGCGAGCAAGAGGAAAACGAGCCCGAAGAAGUCAUCCCCGAGCCCGAGCCCCCAGCUCCAGUAGAGGAGCCAGCGCCCAAGGUCAAGGACGACUCCGACGCUCACUCCCUGCUGAGCCAAACGUCUGGCAGCACCAAGAAGUCGAGCAAGAAGCACCGCCGAAGCGAGCGGGGAGAGCGCAGUGAGCGCAGCGAGCGAAAGCGUAGGGAUAAGUAA